GCGGCAGGAAGGGCGCGAGCGGCGGGGGCGGCGGCGGCGGCUGCACCCGGGUCGGUCGGACAGCCCCGAGCUGAGUUAUCUGGACGCGGCCCAGAGCCACCUCCGGAGAUCGUGCGCUGGCCCGGACGUCCGCGCGCCUGGGGCGGGAUGUAGCGCGCUGGGCGUGGAGGCCGCCGGGCUGGCGGGGGGCGCGGGGGUCGCGCCGAGGAUGGAGAGAGCCAUGGAGCAGCUCAACCGCCUGACGCGCUCGCUGCGCCGCGCCCGCACCGUGGAGCUGCCCGACGAUAAUGAAACUGCUGUUUAUACAUUAAUGCCAAUGGUUAUGGCGGAUCAACACAGGUCUGUUUCUGAACUACUAUCAAAUUCAAAGUUUGAUGUCAAUUAUGCAUUUGGACGUGUGAAAAGGAGCUUGCUUCACAUUGCAGCAAAUUGUGGAUCAGUUGAAUGCUUGGUUCUGUUGUUAAAGAAAGGAGCCAACCCUAAUUAUCAAGAUAUUUCAGGUUGUACACCCCUUCAUUUGGCCGCUAGAAAUGGGCAGAAGAAAUGCAUGAGUAAAUUAUUAGAAUACAGUGCUGAUGUCAACAUUUGUAAUAAUGAAGGACUUACAGCAAUACACUGGCUGGCUGUGAAUGGGCGAACAGAACUUCUCCAUGACCUUGUGCAGCACGUCAGCGACGUUGAUGUGGAGGACGCCAUGGGGCAGACAGCGCUGCACGUGGCCUGCCAGAACGGCCACAAGACGACAGUGCAGUGCUUGCUAGACAGUGGUGCUGAUAUUAACAGGCCAAAUGUGUCAGGAGCUACUCCAUUGUACUUUGCUUGCAGUCAUGGUCAGAGAGACACAGCACAGAUUCUUCUAAUGCGAGGAGCCAAAUAUCUGCCAGAUAAAAAUGGAGUAACUCCUCUGGAUUUAUGUGUACAGGGUGGAUAUGGAGAAACUUGUGAAGUAUUGAUUCAGUAUCACCCUAGGCUAUUUCAGACAAUUAUUCAAAUGACACAGAAUGAAGAUCUUCGAGAAAACAUGUUACGGCAAGUUCUGGAACAUUUGUCUCAGCAAAGUGAAAGUCAGUACUUAAAGAUACUUACAAGCCUUGCUGAAGUUGCCACAACAAAUGGUCAUAAACUGCUUAGCCUGUCGAGCAAUUAUGACGCUCAGAUGAAGAGCCUUUUAAGGAUUGUGAGGAUAUUUUGUCAUGUCUUCCGGAUUGGGCCAUCCUCUCCCAGUAAUGGAAUCGAUAUGGGUUACAAUGGAAAUAAGACCCCAAGAAGCCAGGUGUUCAAGCCUCUAGAGUUGCUUUGGCACUCAUUAGAUGAAUGGCUAGUUUUAAUAGCUACAGAAUUGAUGAAAAACAAGAAGGACUCGACAGAUAUCACGUCUAUUUUACUGAAACAAAAAGGCCAAGAUCAAGAUGGUGCUUCCAUUCCUCCAUUUGAACCUCCAGGACCAGGGAGCUACGAAAAUCUCUCCACUGAUACAGGGGAAUCUAAACCAGAUGCUCUGGCAGGGAAACAGGAAGUCAGUGCAGACUGUCAGGAUGUUAUUUCUAUGACAGCUAACCGGCUAAGUGCUGUCAUUCAAGCCUUUUACAUGUGCUGUUCUUGUCAGAUGCCUCCAGGAAUGACUUCCCCUCGUUUUAUUGAAUUUGUCUGCAAACAUGAUGAAGUUUUAAAAUGCUUUGUUAACAGAAAUCCCAAAAUUAUAUUUGACCACUUUCAUUUCCUCCUUGAAUGUCCUGAGUUGAUGUCACGAUUCAUGCACAUUAUAAAAGCACAGCCAUUUAAAGAUCGCUGUGAAUGGUUCUAUGAACAUUUGCAUUCAGGACAACCAGAUUCAGACAUGGUGCACAGACCAGUAAAUGAAAACGAUAUUCUGCUGGUUCAUAGAGAUUCUAUUUUUAGGAGUAGCUGUGAAGUUGUGUCUAAAGCAAAUUGUGCCAAGCUAAAACAAGGGAUUGCUGUACGGUUCCAUGGAGAAGAGGGCAUGGGUCAAGGCGUUGUGCGUGAAUGGUUUGAUAUUCUGUCUAAUGAGAUAGUCAAUCCUGAUUAUGCAUUGUUCACCCAGUCAGCGGAUGGAACAACUUUUCAGCCUAAUAGCAACUCCUAUGUGAAUCCUGAUCAUCUGAACUAUUUUCGGUUUGCUGGACAGAUCUUAGGAUUAGCUUUGAAUCACAGGCAGCUGGUUAACAUUUACUUCACAAGAUCAUUCUACAAGCACAUUCUUGGCAUUCCUGUAAAUUACCAAGAUGUGGCAUCCAUUGAUCCAGAAUAUGCCAAAAAUUUACAAUGGAUUUUAGAUAAUGAUAUUAGUGAUCUGGGUCUGGAGCUAACUUUUUCAGUUGAAACUGAUGUGUUUGGAGCAAUGGAGGAGGUGCCUUUGAAACCAGGGGGUGGAAGUAUUCUUGUGACUCAGAAUAACAAAGCGGAGUAUGUUCAGCUUGUUACUGAACUUCGAAUGACAAGAGCCAUUCAGCCACAGAUCAAUGCUUUUUUACAGGGCUUUCAUAUGUUCAUUCCACCUUCUCUCAUACAACUUUUUGAUGAAUAUGAAUUGGAGCUGCUGCUUUCUGGCAUGCCAGAAAUUGAUGUGAGUGAUUGGAUAAAAAAUACAGAAUACACAAGUGGCUAUGAAAGAGAAGAUCCAGUUAUUCAGUGGUUCUGGGAAGUUGUGGAAGAUAUUACUCCAGAGGAGAGAGUGCUUCUCCUGCAGUUUGUUACUGGAAGUUCCAGAGUCCCGCAUGGUGGCUUUGCUAAUAUCAUGGGUGGAAGUGGAUUGCAAAAUUUUACAAUUGCUGCCGUGCCAUAUACUCCAAAUCUUCUGCCAACUUCAAGCACAUGCAUCAACAUGCUCAAGUUACCUGAAUACCCAUCUAAAGAAAUACUCAAGGACAGACUUCUUGUGGCUCUACAUUGUGGCAGCUAUGGUUACACAAUGGCGUAAUGAAAUCUGGAAGACUCAUCUGACUACUGAUGCACAAUUCGGAGUGGCAGAAGUAAUUUAGGAAACUGUCAACAGAAAAGCAGCCUAAAUGCAGCCCAUAGGCAGGGCUGAUGUUUAAAAUUCAUAAAGGAUCAGGUUUCCCCUAUCUCCCAUUUCCCUUUUAUGUUUCUCAGUCUGUGUUACAACUGGAAAACAUAAAAUCACAGUAGUCUUCAUUUUACCCGAAAGUAGGAAAAAUUAUCGUUUUUUAUAUUUCCUUAAUCUUAUCCAAGAUUGUGUGAAUUCAGAAUCUUAUUUUGUAUUCCACCUCUGCUAUGUAAACGGUCUUAUUCAGAGGUUUUUUUCUCUUUAUUUUUCUGAAUAUUAAAUUAUAUUAGGACAAUUAGCCUCCUAGUUCUAUUGCAUGUAAAGUGCUGUUUAUAUUUUGGGAAACUAUUAUACAUAAGGGAUUAAUUUAGAUUGUAUAUAAAACCACAAAUAUGUAUUUUCCCAUUGACUAUAUUGCAAUGAUGGUUUUUUAGCUUUUUAAUAUUUUAAUAUAUAAUGUAGAUUUCAACUGAUCUGGCUAACUGAGGAAAUGACGUCUAAUUUAUAUAUUAAAGCUUCUACUAUAUUGUAUGAAUCGUUUGCAUCUUUCAGUGGUCAGUUUUCCAUAUAUAUUGUGAUCUCAAAGUUUUUUUAAUGCAUUAUAUUCAUUUGU